AUGUUUUCGUUGCCAUUCUUUGAAAAUGAGAGAAACGGUCCGAAGGACGCACCACAGCGAUCCUCGGAACAAGAGGCGCAAACAAAUGCUGAACCUCCGACAACCAUUCCUACGGAUGCCUUCAGGAAUCCGGACAAUGUACAGAUUCAAGUAGCUCUGGACACUUUCUUUAUGCGCAUCUAUCCCAUUCCGGGAUAUGCCUUCCUGCACCGCGCCUCACUGUAUGACCGGUUUCACCGAGGACAGACUGACCAGUGCCUUCUUCUCGCUAUCAUUGCUAUUUCGACUUGUUUAACAGAGGUAGACUCCGCAAAGCGUGAGUACGCCGCUCAAUGCCUGAAAAAGGCAGAACAGCUCAUCAUCAAUAACCUAUCACAACCAUCCAUCAUCCGAACUCAGGCUUUACUUUUGAUAGUAAGGUGUAAGAUGUGCCUUGGGGAGUAUUCCUCUGCAUUUCCACUUGUGUCGCUACUUUCUCGGUUCGCCUUUAGUCUACGAUUGAAUUACGACGACCAGAGAGUUUGCUUUCUGGCUCGGGAGGCUCGUCGCCGUCUUAUGUGGGCCAUCUAUAUGCUUGACCAAACCUGGGCUGCGGGCCUACUAGAAUUCACCACCUGUCCAGUAGAUGCUAUUUAUGUUGGCCUUCCGUGCCCCGAAGAGACUUGGGAAUUGGAUGUUUGCCCAGAGACGGAAGUACAGCUCAAGUCACAAACUAAGCUUCCUGGGUUACUAGCAGCAGAUGUCUGCGUGUCCUAUCUAAGAGACAAGAUUUUACGGUGUCGGGAACAGUGCACACACCAUGCAGCACAGAUCGCAGGGAUUCUUACCUCGCUCAUGGAUCUCAGGUUGGAGUUCCCAAUCCUUCCACUGGACAUGGCUGUUUGUGCAUACCAGUGCAUACGUCUCCUCGUCCAUGGGCAGAGGACAUAUGGGCAUAAGAUAUCGGUAUCGCGCGAGAGGGUCAAGCAGUAUCAACACUCAUGUUUGCAAAUUAUACAGACUGUAGCUCGGACUUCUCCCUCAGUUGAGACAAUUGAACAUGACCUGAAAAGUCUGAUCGAUGAAACCCAGGACCAGAACGCCCAUCCAGAGAACCGCCCUAGACACAUCCAACAGCAGGGUCCUCGCCAAAUCCUAUCAAUCCAUAGCUUGAUUGCUAGAUCGGAAUUCGUUGAUGACAGCGACGAACUAGCACUUCAGGAGGUUCAUGCUAGUGACAACCCCUCUGCUUAUGAGAAGCAUAACCAUGAAUACGGCGGACCACUAAGCACGUUGGAGCUGCCAUCCCCGUUGCCCAGUUUCGACACUGUAGAGCAUAUGACACCAGGCUCAACUGUGGCAAGCCAAAUGUGGCUACAGGGUGGCAAUGCAUUUGAGGGAGCAUGGGAUGAGCCCGGUAUAGGGUUUGAUUUGAUUCGGCAGAUGCAAUGGGAUGGUAUGGGAUACUUUGGUUGA